GAGCGGCGCAUGUGGCGGAAGUUUGCGCUCUCUUGAAGGCAGCUGCUAGCGGAGAGGAUUAAACUGUAACGUUUUAUGAUCAUAUUCUCGGACCAAACGGGAUGAAGUGCACCCAAAAGCUUCGCUGUCGUACAUGGUCCUUGACGCGACGCAUGGUAAAGGAGAGCGAUGUCACUGCCAGUAGCUAAAUUCCCGGAGAAGAUAAACCUACAGGCAGAAAUAAAGGUGUGACAACACCAGGUGUGUGUACGGGGUUCCUCUGCAGGCCAGUGUGGACGGUCAUUUGUGUGUGUAUGUUUACGAGUGAGUGGCAUAGCAGCAGAGGGUUGUAACGUGAUGCCAAGAUGCUGCUGUCGCUGGGAAUGCUGAUGCUGUCGGCCACGCAGAUUUACACCAUCUUCACCGUUCAGCUCUUCGCCUUCCUCAACCUGCUGCCUGUGGAGGCCGACAUUGCUGCUUACUCGUUUGACAACAAAACAGAGAACUUUGAUGACCUGCCUGCACGGUUUGGGUAUCGGCUACCGAGCGAUGGACUGAAGGGCUUCCUGAUUGGGGCACGACCUGAAAAUGCGUGUGAGCCCAUUGAGCCCCCUCCGAGGGACAACUUGACGGGCGCCUUCAUCGUCCUCAUCAAGCGCUUCGACUGCAACUUUGACAUCAAGGUCCUCAAUGCCCAGAAAGCCGGGUACAAGGCAGCCAUUGUUCACAAUGUGGACUCCGAUGACUUAAUCAGCAUGGGAUCCAAUGAUUUGGAUGUUAUGAAGCAGAUAGAUAUUCCCUCUGUGUUCGUGAGCGAGGAGACGGCCAACUCUCUGAAGGAAGACUACACGUAUGACAAGGGGGGACAUGUGGUCCUCAUGCCAGACUUCAGCCUGCCGCUGGAGUACUACCUGAUCCCCUUCCUCAUCAUCGUGGGAAUCUGCCUCAUCCUCAUUGUUGUUUUCAUGAUCACCAAGUUUGUCCAGGAUCGACACCGCGCUCGGAGGAGCCGCCUGCGCAAAGAUCAGCUAAAGAAACUUCCCAUCCACAAGUAUAAGAAAGGGGACAACUACGACGUCUGCGCCAUCUGCCUGGACGAAUACGAAGAAGGUGACAAACUCAGAGUCCUGCCAUGUUCUCACGCCUACCACAGUAAGUGCGUGGACCCCUGGCUGACCAAAACUAAGAAGACGUGUCCGGUGUGUAAGCAGAAGGUGGUCCCCUCGCAGGGCGACUCGGACUCGGACUCGGAGGAGGGGGACAGCGGCCCUGACGAGAACGAGGAGGUGUCGGAGAGCACCCCGCUGCUGCGCUCUCUGGCCUCCACCAGCGCCCACUCCUUCGGCACCAUGUCGGGAGCGUCGCGCUCCGAGCAAGACCAGGAGUCCUCCGAGUACGAGGACGACGAGCUGGACAGCAGCGACAGCGAGGAAGAGGUCACCGUGGAGACUGUGGUGGUGCAGAUGCAGCAGCCCUGCUCCGAAGCCCACGAGCACGAUCUGCCCCGAGCUUGACUGUCAAGGCGGCGGGCCCGAUCGGUCGCCCUCCCCAACCUCACAGCUGCAGACUAUUGUUGGGGGUCACGAAACAGAUUCAUCAUCCGAAUUCCUCUUUCACCGCUUACAAGACAUUGUAAUGUAUCCUCCCUAUGAGUUAAAAUCUUAAGUUUUACUUUAACAUGAUUAUGAAAUGAAGUGCUGAUUUCCAGAUGCGUGUGACAGGAAGUCAGCCGGCGAGCAUAUCUUAGGGGCUGGUGACACUGACGCACAGUAGACUGUAAUACUGUACUCAUGAAGAGGUGAUGAUAAGAGAUGGGUGGAAAAGUCUCCAACACACAAGUUCACACUUGACACAAAGUAAGUAAAAGUACUGUGUAUAUAAAACAUAUAGAUCACAAUAAUCUCUACCUUUUGAUUCUCUCCUGUCCUACAUGUUUCAGACGCAGGGGGAGUUUCAUUACUGUACAUACAUGUUCAUGCUACACUGACACACCUCCAACUGCUAUGCAGCAUCCUUUUUUUGUAAGAUUCAACUAACAUUCAGCAAGUAUAGAAACAUUUAAAAGCCACAGCAGAAUAUGGUUUUGCCAAUUUAUUUCUAGCCUGAUGUAUGAAGGAGCCUAGGAGCUCCUGUCUGUGUUUUGUGCCAGUUUAUCUGUUACAAUCAUCCACAGUAAGACAAACUGAAGCCAAACCGGUUUGAUAAACUCAUGCGAAGCGAAGAAUGUGCUUCUCUGUGUGACGUCACAUUAUGUUGUGUUGAAAGUAUGGACAGACGUCCAUACUGCCUGUGGUAAACUUCUUUUGGCUGCUCCAGCCCUAUCACUGCAUUUAAUACAAGCAGUUAUUUGUUGAUAGGCCUUGUAAUACACAUUUGACUGACCUUUUCUCAUUUAAAUACACUUUAUAGUGAAUAAGUUGUUCUCUUUUCAUAACAUUGCUUGAUUUUUGUUCAUGAAUCCUGUUGCCUUCUUCAGUUUAUAUACUUUGUCUUUGCUAGUGUUUUUUCCUGCCCAUGUAUGUACUCAAUCUGAAUUCACUUCAAUAAAAUGACACUCGACAAGAAAA